AUAGUAUGUCAUAAAGCAUGUCGAUACAUUUUAUGGUGGUCAUAUAAGGUUUACUUUCGAGGGCAGCAGCUUUUAAGUGACUAAAAUAGGGCUGUCCACAAUUGGUGAGCAUUCAUUCAUUUAUAUCUGAAUCUCAAUGGCUGAACCGUCCAACCUCAAGGACGAGGCGAAACGAAGCCUGAUCUUCACCUAUGGCUCACUCAAGCGUGGUUUUCCCAACCAUACACUAACUCAAGAUCUCAUCUCCCACAAAGACGCUGCUUACGUCGGCGAUUUCGUCACCCAUCAGCCCAUCCCCCUGGUCAUCGGCCCCUACGGCAUCCCUUACAUCAUCAACGACCUUCCUGGAUCGGGUCACCGAAUCAAGGGUGAGCUCUAUACCGUCACGGGCCCUGGCCUCGUCCGCUUAGAUGAUCUUGAAGGCAUUGCUAUCGGCCACUAUGAGCGCCUUCCGAUUCAGGUGGUGCGAGAUCUUAACGACGACGACGACGACGUCGUUUCUGCUGAGGCCUACUUCGCGCACCGAAGCUUCGGGCAUGCCCUGUGGGAGAGAAAUGGGAGAGAGAGUCUGAGAGAGUAUUCGGAGAUUGAGGGGAGAAGGUUAGUGAUGAAACAGGACAGGCCAGACCAUGGCCGGAGCAUUCUUGAAGACAUUCGCCUUUUUCUGGCUUCAUCCGAUGGGAAGUAAAAAUGGACUGCACUGGGCAGUUUCGUAAUUUGCAUUAGAUAUUAUUAUUAUUAUUAUUUAUUUUAUGCAUGUGUAAUAUAUUUUUUAUUUUUUUAUUUUGAUAAAGAUGCAGAGACUGCAAUAAUCCGAAUAAAAAUCACCUGUUCUGUUAAUUUAUUUAUUAGAUUAGUAAAUCAUCAGUAAAACAGUAUAUGUAUAUUGUAAUAGAAAUAUUUUAUAUUUAUUUGAAAAUAAAGUCAUAUCUUAAUUAUUUUAUUAA